GAUUGUUAAUAUCUGCAUGUGGCUGCUCUCCUCUGCUUCACAGGCCGAUGUGUGAUUGGUGUUCUGCCACUGUCCUCCAGCAUGGUAGACAUGGAGAAGCACUACAGCCCCCCGUCGCCGCUGGACGACUCCGUGCUGGACAAUCCUCUGUGCCGGGACUUCAUCGGGGGAAUGGAAGACCUUCAGGACAUCUCUCAGUCCAUCGAAGAGGACGCUCUCAGCAGCUUCGAGGUGACCGAGAACCAGUCUUCGGGUCUGGGCUCCGGAUCGGAGAGCUCCACUGCAUUAGAUGCACUGACUCCCGCAUCCAGCCCUGCGUCAGGUGUGGCGGGACAGGACGAGUUCACCUGCACCUCUCUGAACCUGGAGUGCCGCGUGUGUUCGGACCGCGCGUCAGGAUACCACUACGGGGUUCACGCGUGUGAGGGCUGCAAGGGUUUCUUCCGCCGGACCAUUCGCCUCAAGCUGGAGUACGAUAAAUGUGAACGACGCUGUAAGAUCCAAAAGAAGAACCGAAACAAGUGCCAAUACUGUCGCUUUCAGAAGUGCCUGUCGGUGGGCAUGUCCCACAAUGCCAUCCGCUUUGGGCGAAUGCCACAGUCGGAGAAGCUGAGGUUGAAGGCGGAGAUCCUAACGGGGGAACGAGAGGUCGAGGACCCGCAACUGGCCGAUCAGAAAACCCUGGCCAAGCAGAUCUACGAGGCCUACCUGAAGAACUUCAACAUGAACAAAUCCAAAGCAAGGACCAUCCUGACGGGCAAGGCAAGCACGCCGCCUUUUGUCAUCCACGACAUGGAGACGCUGCAGUUGGCCGAACAGACUCUUGUGGCCAAGAUGGUGAGCUCUUCUGGGGCUCUGCUGAAUAAAGACGCAGAAGUGCGAAUAUUCCACUGCUGUCAGUGCACUUCGGUCGAGACGGUGACCGAACUGACUGAAUUCGCCAAGUCCGUGCCAGGCUUCUCAAACCUGGAUUUAAAUGACCAGGUGACAUUAUUAAAGUACGGCGUCCAUGAGGCGCUCUUCGCCAUGUUGGCAUCAUGCAUGAAUAAAGACGGUCUGCUGGUCGCGUACGGCAGCGGCUUCAUCACCAGAGAGUUCCUGAAGAGCUUGCGACGGCCGUUCAGUGAAAUGAUGGAGCCCAAGUUUCAGUUUGCAAUGAAGUUUAACUCCCUCGAACUGGACGAUAGUGACCUCGCACUGUUUGUUGCUGCCAUCAUCUGCUGUGGAGAUCGGCCUGGCCUGGUGAACGUCCCGCACAUCGAGCGAAUGCAGGAGAGCAUCGUAAACGUGCUUCAUCUGCACCUCAAGAGCAACCAUCCCGACAACGGAUUCCUCUUCCCUAAACUCCUGCAGAAACUAGUGGACCUGCGGCAGCUGGUGACGGAGCACGCUCAGUUAGUGCAGGAAAUCAAAAAGACAGAAGACACUUCGCUGCAUCCCUUACUGCAGGAGAUUUACAGAGACAUGUACUGAGCCGCCUUUGGCUCAUUCUUCUGGUUGAUUUCUAGAAGACGACAUGCUCGGAGAGGGCCGUUUCUCUCAGGGGCCCUCAAAACAAGUCCCCUCCACAGCUACACUGUGAUCUUUUAUUAAGGGGCAUCAUGUGAACCACAAUUUUUGGGAUUUCUGGAUGAAAACGCCAGGAACAUCAGGGCUCUUCAUUACCGUUGAGUUAAACAAUGCUUUCUGCGGUUAUUGGUUUAAAGAGAACAAAACAAGACAAUGCCAAUUAAAAUGCAUCCUGUGGUUUUAGGAUUUUUGGAUAUUUUAUAAAUGCUUACUGGUCCCUUGGGCCAGAAACUGUGAAUAGAAACCCUAAAAUCCAACUUAUUCAUACAGCAAUAUGAAUUUUUAAUAUUGACAUGGUAACUUUUGAUAGUGUACGCUUUAAACACGCAGUUUUCACCCAAGUGACUUCCACGUAGAUCUGCCAUAACUAGUGAAACUGACCGUUUUGCAAAGCUACAGGGAUUUUGCCUCAUGGUUAACGUUGUUAUGAACACAGAAUUAUUUUUUUCCCCCCCAUGUUAACCUGGGAAAACAAAUACGACACAGAAUUCUUCAUCUUAAUUCAGUCAUAUUUCAACAUUUGCGAAUGUUUAAGUGGUUACUUUUUCCCGUUAUAGUGAAAAACAUUCAUUAUUUAUAGUUUUAUCGGCUCACUCCCAGUAUUACGGUCUCAGUCCGUAACUGCAGUUUUCGAGUUAUAAAAUGCAGUGCUCAAAUACAAAGCAGAUCAAUACCUCAGGACCGAUGCCUUCUGACAGAGCACAAGUGCUCUAGGUUGUGUGGUUUUACAGUAAUCUACUGUUUAAAGGGCUAAAGGAGUGAGGAAACGACAAGUGAGGACUGUUACAGCAUGUAUACCGCAAGCAUGACACUGCACAAAAAAUAUUGCACGAAUUGCAAUUUUGCAAUGUUGGCUUUUUUGAAGCAACAUUCAGUAUUUGAGCGAACCACACUCCUGUUGUUUGAACACAGGUGUCUGUUGGGCUUGAUGCAAGUUAAACACAGAUCUGUACUGAAUCUUGAGGUUUGAGCUUCAUUCUGUGUAGAGUUUGCAUGCUCUUCCUCAUGUAAAUUUGGUUUAAUGACAAUAAGAGUUCUCAGAGAGCCCGUUUCUGAUAACCAUUUUAUAAUAUAUAGCCAUUUUUAAAGGACACAUUCAGUGCAGUGACCCAGAAAGCCUUGCUUGCUUUAAUUUCCUUCCUGUCUGAAGGAAAAGUUUCACACCGUUUGUCUGUCUGUCCCUCCAGUAGUCUGUCACUCUUCUCCGUUCUUGACGUUUUCUCAGAACCACAGUGCCUAGUCUCGACGUCGUGGUGAAAAACAUCUCAUUGUUUUUUACUUCCCUAUAUAAACCAGGAACAGAAGCUAAUGAAAAAAUGUCUGUCAUACCGCCUUUUGUAAACAUAAACUCUAUGUGCAGUUAUCUACGUUAAAAGGUUGUUGCGUAAGGGUCCGUUCACACAGAACGCAUUUUUUGCAUUAUACUGUGACGCUUUUCCAUUAUUUUUCUAUGUAAACAUGCGCUAGACAGACAUGUUUGACCACUGCACUCGCAUGUUUUACGGUGACUCUCAUGAGACUGCACUCAACACAAAAACAUACUCUGUGAACCGGCCCUAAGAGUGUAAUAGUACAUAAAGGGGCAUUUGAUGGAUUAGAUUGUGUAAGAUUAAUUUUGAGAUUGUGUAAAGAGCCAUUCGAAAAUUAAGCUAAAAAUUGGAUUCCUAGAAAUAUUAUGGAGCCUCUAAAGGGACAUGGCGAUCCUAAAUAACAAGGGAUAGGA